AUGUUAUUUCUUUCCAAAUUCUUUCAAAAAACAACAAAAAUUUCCUUUACUUUUUAUUUAUUAGCUACAUUCAGCAAUGCAUUUUGUCCUCCAGGAUGUGAAUGUAAUGACGAAUUAUUAACUGUAUUUUGUGAUUUUUCGGGAAUUAAUGCUGUUCCUAUAUUACUUAAUCCAAUGCUUAAAUCUUUAACAAUAAAGAAUUCAAACGGAUUGAAAUUAGACACAUUUUCAAUAGCCUUAUAUCAGGAAUUAGAAUAUCUGGAUAUUUCUGACUCGCAAAUUAAUUUAAUUCCGCCUGGAUUUAUUUCUCAAAUGGGCAAAUUAAAAUAUUUAUCAUUGAGGGGUAAUCGGUUAAAAUUAAUUGAUGAUCAAAUGUUUGGAAAUGGACAAAAUAAUAGGGAAAAAUCGAAGCAAAGUUUAGAACAUUUGGAUUUAUCAAAUAACCAAAUAGAAAGAAUAUCUCCAAACUCCUUUCAAUUAUUAUCUUCUCUAUCAACAUUAAAUAUUUCUUUCAAUCAACUCCAUUUUCUCUCAGAAAGAACAUUUUUGGGAUUAAAUAAAUUAAAAAUAUUGGAUUUAACGAGGAAUAGAAUUUCGAAAUUGGAAAAAAUAAAAAUUAAAAAGGAAGGAAUUAAUUUAGAUAAAAGUUUAUUUGAAGGAAUUGAAAAUUUAGAAGAAUUGAAACUUGCUGGGAAUUUAUUGGCUGAGUUACCUCCCAAUCUAUUUCAUUCAUUACCUUCACUUAUUAAAUUGGAUUUAAGUUCAAAUUUAAUCAGUUAUAUUUCUUCUGAUGCUUUUAAUGGAUUGAAAGAAUUACGAGAAUUGAGACUUGAAAAAAAUUUGCUUUCUUCUUUUGUAUCCGAAUCUGGUAAUAAUAAAAUUCCAACAGAAACUAAAAUAAAAAAUUUGUUUCCUCAAAAACUUGAAUUUUUGGACCUUUCAGGAAAUUCCUGGAUGAAGGUGAAUUUUAUUUCAAAUUUUAAAUGA